CUGAGUACCACGUUUACGACGCUUGUGGUGUCGAAGAAUGGAAUCAGAUUCGCGAAGGCAGUCGAGGAAUUGAGGAAACUUCGACUAGGGCUCAAGCCUUUGAUGCUUAUUUGAGAUGUACUAUUGAUGAUGAGGUUUAGCACUGAGAUUGUUGGGCUAUCAUCUCAUGAAGAAGAUGAUAGUUCUCAUUUCUCACUUUUUCAUUUUCCCGAAUGCUGCAGCGAUGCACCAAGACAAGACUACUUAGUAGAUGAAAAAUGAAUUGUAUUAAAAGUUGGUAGAUGAAAAAUGAAUUCUUUUGAAAAAUGAACUGUUUUCCUUAGUAGAUGAAAAGUGAAUUGUUUUACUUAGUAGACGAAAAAUGGGUUGUCUUCUAACUUGAGAUCCAGAGACCGCCAAGGAGAAAGUUUGGAAUAUGCCUGACAACAAAGAGACAGCGACAACAGCAACGCAGCGCUGUGAAUUUGCGUACCGUAAAGCCAGAGCGCUGGCGCUGCUCCAUGGAACGGAACUAGCAGAGCAUCGGAAGAUAUUUGAAAUUAAGGCUCCUUCCCAUGACCAUGUCCAUCUUUCUUCGUAAGCAUUUUCUCAGAGACAUGCGCUUUGCUUCCUAAUCCAUCUCUAAAGACGAUGCACGCGGCGCGCCAGAUGAUAGGGACAAGAAGAACAAGAAAGACGAGUACGUGGCCGUGCUCACGGCAUUUGCUGACUGUACUUACGGGCGGCAGAAAAAACAGCCAAGGGAUAACAAAAGCGAGCGAGACACGCCAGAGUUCGGGGAUAUAUUAUGGCCAGCUGCUUUUAUCCAUCUCGCUCGGCAACAUCUUGAUCCACUUUGUAGCUUGCCCUGUAUUCUCAUGAAAUACAAGGGGAAAGGGGUCGAGAUGAGGGGACAAGGAUGGCGAAAAGCUGAGUCUAAACUCGACGGCGCUCGCAAAUUCAGAGACGCCCUGUGACACCUUGGACUGGAUGGGGGAGCGUGCUUCGGCGUGGG